GAAAAGCCCGCUGUUCGGUUUGGUCGAGUUCAUUCUCUUUACCACACCCACCCCAUCGUGCUCUCCUCAUUUCGGACUACUAUGCGCAACGCAGCCCUCUUCAUCGUCGCCCUCGCCACCGUUGGUGUCCUCGCCCAGUCCAGUGACGUCCACCCCAUGCUCCAGACCCUCUCCCAAUACAUCGACGUCUCGAGAAUAGAGCCUCUCCGGGCCAAAGCCGAGAUCUUCAUCGAGGCUGCCAAAGUCGACCCCCUCGUUGCCGCCCAAACCUACCCCGAAACCGCCAUCGUCUUCUUCAGCGCUUUCUUCAUCGUGCUCGGCUUCCUCGGUACCCUCGUGGGCUGUGUCGUCCCCCAGAACAAGGAGUCACAGGAGGACAUUGAGCUCAAGCAAGCUGCCGCCGUCCCCGUCCCCGCCAUGAAGAGCAACAGCAGCAUUGCCCCCCUCAAGAAGCGGAAGUAA